GGUACGGUAAAACCAACUUCACUCUCACAACAACAGUAACAAAAAUUACACAAAUUCAAAUCACAAAUAAUUUUACUAAUGGCCAUACCUAGCAAACUCCUUACACUUAUUUUGAUCCUCCUCAUUGUCAUCUCAGCCGUGCCAACAAUCUCCGGCGAGACUAACACCACCACACCACCACCCGAAUGUUCUAGACCAGUUGGCGGAUGCCACAACAAGUCCCACGCGCUUAAGCUAAAAAUCGUCGCGAUUUUUGCUAUACUGAUCACUAGUAUGAUCGGCGUUGGUCUUCCCAUAAUAACACGCGCUGUUCCUGCACUCAGCCCGGACCGAAACCUAUUUGUUAUUGUGAAAGCAUUUGCCUCCGGUGUCAUUCUUGCCACUGGUUACAUGCACGUGUUACCGGACUCUUUCGAUGCUUUAAAAUCAGAGUGCUUGCCCGAAAAACCGUGGCAUGCUUAUCCGUUUACAACGUUGGUUGCCAUGUUUUCGGCCGUGUUGACAUUGAUGGUUGAUUCUUUUGCAAUGAGUUUUUUUAAGAAACAUUAUUCCAAGGAAUUGGAAGAGCAAAAGGCGACGAAGAUUGAUAAUGAGAAUGCUGCUGAGUUGCAGAAUACAGCUCUACAUUCUUGUCACAGUGGUGCUGUCAAAGAGUUUGAUUCAACAUUGCUACGAUGUCGUGUUGUUGCUCAGGUGUUAGAACUAGGGAUCAUAGUGCACUCGGUGAUCAUUGGAUUAUCAUUAGGGGCAUCUGAUAAUCCAUGCACUAUCCGCCCACUCGUGGCUGCUCUAUGUUUUCACCAGAUGUUCGAAGGCAUGGGACUCGGAGGAUGCAUACUUCAGGCUAAUUAUCGUGCAAAGACGAAUGCAAUCAUGGUAUUCUUCUUCUCAGCCACUACACCGUUUGGAAUCAUCCUGGGAAUCGGAUUGUCCAACGUGUACACUGACAAUAGUCCAGCAGCCUUGAUAGUAGUAGGACUACUGGAUGCAGCAUCAGCCGGAUUGUUGAAUUAUAUGGCAUUGGUGGAUCUCCUGGCACCUGAUUUUAUGGGAGCAAAGCUACAAGGAAAUAUAAAACUUCAAGCAUGGUCUUAUGUUGCAGUUGUAUUAGGUGCAGGAGGCAUGUCUGUCAUGGCAAUUUGGGCUUAAUUAGUGUUCAUAUAUAUGCUUUAUGAUCCAACAAUUUUUGUCUGUAUUGUUUUUAAAUAAAAUUUUGUUAGGUCCUGUUUUUUCAAAUAAAUAUCCAAGGCCAUCGGUUCUUUAACUUAUUUAU